CCAAGCUACAUACAUAGGUUAGGCACUGGACCUACGACGCUGUGAGUCAGUAAGUAGGUAUCUACUCAGUAUUAGCUAAACCAUUUACAUUUGCAACGUUACUAAUAAGCUGACACAAUGACAACGAGGACCUCAUUUAAAUUCCAAGCAAACGUUUCCUUUGUUUGAACAGUGAAGCUGAGAAUCUUUUCUGUUUUUUUAUGGAUUUUUCCCAUCAUUUUAAUUAAUUCGUUAGCUGGUCACGUGUCUACGCCACGUGUACUAUUUCAUUCUUCAUUUAGUGUUUUCUGAUCUGUGGUCUCAAUAGCUUCACAGUAAAGAUGCCGGUCUCGGCAACGAGAGGUCGUGGAUUUGAUCCCCGCGCGCUGGACUAUUGUCGAAUCCACUCCUAACACAGUAUCUUACUACUGAUAUGGGGGUAUGUGAAUGUUGGUGUUAUUUGAAAAUAAAUUUAAUGUUUUAAAAAUAUUCUUUUAAAAAAUAAAUAAAUAUAUUUUCAGUGAAGUCAAGAUGGAAGCAAUAUAAUUUGAAAGUGAAAGGAGUGUGGUGCAUGGAAUACUACGAGUAACCUUGCCCAUACCGACAGAGUAGAUGUAGGUAAACCUAGCAAGACGACAACGAAAUUGGUAACACUUUAGUUCGAUGUCGCCGGUUGACAAUACGAUAUUUGCCUACUCGUACGAUACUGUCUCAAGAUAUCUCGUGAUACGCAUCUAAGGCCUACCACACUACUAGAUUUUGGAUGCAAAGAGAAUAUACAUAUAAUAGAAAUCAGAAUUGUUUAGUCUCAGUACCUAUGUUAUUAUUUGGUUUCUACUUUCUGCAGGCGGGCAUCUACUAGUUAUAUUUGUAAACUAUUGUUGUUUACAUUUGUGCCAAAACGGAAGUCGAUUGGGAAAACAUGGAUUUUUCUUGACUACGGAACCCAUAGACGAAAUAUAUCUACGACUGAACCAUAAAAAGAGCGCGUGACAUUACAAAUUUAUUUAGUCUGUGACAACUUGUGACAUUUUUGUGUGACGUAAAUGACGUCUAAGUAUUAAUAAAUCGUCAAUCUCUAAGUUUUUAAUAAUUAUUAUUUAUUUUUAAGAACAAGAGCUUAAAUACAAUAUAAAACUUAAAAUGAGUGAAUUAGAAGAUAAGACCCCUGAAGUAAAAGAAACAAACGGUGAUAUUAACAAAGAGAAACCUAGGAAAAAUUGGGUACAAUUUGACGAUGAGUCCCCGCAAACAAGCAACUUAUCUUCAGAUACUAAACCAAGUGAGCCCGCAAUAAUUGCGAGUUCAUCAGUGUCUUCAAACGAAACAGUUCCAGCAGUUCUGAGAGCCGAAACUGUUCAUGUAAACAUAGACCGCGGUGACAAAAACAUUGAGUCUAUGUCACAGAGUUCUGUGAUGAAAAAUGUUGAAUAUAGAACCGUCCGACCUGCAUUCAGCAAUGGUGACAUUAUUGUGACCUUGUUACCGACAAACACCAAGUGGCCCUGGAUAACAGCGGCGCGAUUUCGUCCUGAACUUGUGCCUGAAGAACUAAUGGCUCAAGGUUUGACUUUGACAGUUGAGGAAUAUGUGCACGCCAUGGAGCUCCUUGUGAACGAUGCCCGUUUCACACUGUACAAUGUUUGCUACAAGAGAGUAUUAGUUUGUUGGAUAAUGUUGGCAUUCCUUGUGUUGCUCGCACUGUUGUUCUCUGGCUUGGAAGGGCUCACACUCUUUUCUCUGGGAGUAUUGUGGCUCAUACUCAAUGCCAUGGCCAUCUUUCUCUGUAUGUGGAUCAAGUUAAGACUGUUCAAAGGACUGGAACAAUGUUUAGCGAGUGUCAAUAAACUGUUGAAUAAACACAAGUUACUACUAGCACUAGACGACAGGGGUAAACUGUCAUGCCACAAAGUUAACUUGUGCUUUAUUUAUUUUGACUCUGCGCCGUGCAUUGGCCAUUUGCAACAAUUCAUUGAAAGUGAAGAAGGUAAAACAAUAAUGCAAGGCUGGGAACAGAGACUGGACGUAACAGCCAAUGAUAUUGUUAUCCAGGGCAGUCAAUCAACACGGUUAUCAAGGAAACAGGAAAGGUGUGCUCUUCUAUAUUUACGUUACGCCGGUCGUUGGGGGUCGCACGCUGUCAAAAAGCGAUUGAACGUCAAUAGCUCCACGCCCGGACGUCACAGCCACAAAUACGUUUGCCCUUGUCAGUUUAUAGAAGAGCACCUGCAGACAAAGCCGCCGGCGGGAAUAGCUAAGUUUUUCACAUUACCUACACAAAGUAUUCAACUAUACUAAGAUACUUAAUUAAAACUUUUAAGUUAAUGAAUCCGUCCAUUUCGAAAUUGUGAUUCUUCCUACAUGUAAUAACUAUGUAUUUGUAUAUAUUAAUGUAUUUUUCUAAAUUUUCUCACAUUAUUUUGUCUUUUCUAUGUAACUAUUGCAACAAAAAAGAUUAGAAUUUAAUAAACUCAUUGUAUGUAAUCGUAUAUUCAUGUGGCAACACCACAUUUACUGUCAUUAUCACAAAGAUCUGUCAUUAUAGAGCAACCAAUCAUUGUUGAUAGUUUUAUCAGAUUAUUAAAAUCAUAGUGGAAGUUCACAUAAUUACCAGACGAAUUACAAUAAAUGUAAUUUGUUUAUAAACUUAUAAACGUAUUUAUUUAAAUUUAAGUCAUGAAAUCAGAUGUCUUAGAACACAGCAGACCAUCUUAUAUGAAAUAAGAACAAAAUUAUCAAUUAUUAUCAAGUAUAGUGCGCGCAAGAAAGGUUUGCGCGUAGCCAAAUUGGAACUAAUCUAAAAAAAGUGCCGCCAUCUUAUCGUCUAUCUCUUGGCGUGUAAAAGAGACACUAACGCUGGCAAAAUAAUUGCACCGCCAUUCGCGCGCAGACUUAUCUUGCGCGCGAUUCUUGCAAUCCCAAGUGCAUGACAGAGCACAGUGUUACCCUAUGAACGACAAUAAGUGACUGCGGCGCCUUCAUUUAUUUUCUACUCUUUUAUGUCGCAAUAAACUCGUAGUUGUAUAAAAAUGUAUUCCAUUUAAUAAGUCUGACUUUGGCAGUUUUUAGGAUAGUUAUUGUACACAAAACAUUUUUUUUGUUCAAAUUUUAAUAUGUACAACGCACAUUUUAAUAUUUUAGCGAUUUAUUCAUAUUAUUACUGUUAUUUGAAUUAUAUACGAAGUAAUUUAGUCAUUGAUAGAUGUACUUAAGUAAUCAAUGGGACCAUUUGGUUGGAAAGUAUUUUUGUUUUGUUAUAGUAUUUAUUUUUUAUUUUAAUUAUUUAAUGGUUAGUUUCGUAAGGUUGAAAUGUUGAGGGGCCAUAUAUCAAACUUUAGUAUUAUUUACUGAAGUCAUAUCUAAAACGAUAUUAAUUUGUAUCUCACUGUCUGAAGUUGAACAUAUUGAUAAUUAUUAGAUGUUUUAGUUAUAUAUAUUUUUGGAAUUAAAAGUGUUGACCAUAAUAGUUAAUAAGUAUCAAGUAUAUUAUUUAAUAUAAUACAGUUAACUUGUGUACAGACACAGCCUUCUAAAGACACUUAAGCAAAGAAUUAUGUACCUGUAUAUAUGGAUUCACUUAUUUAUAUGUAUAAAUUGUAUAUGCAUUUGUGUCUGUAGAUUUCUGUCUGAAUAUGACAUAAUGGUAAAAUGUUGCUAUUCUACAGGGUGCUUGAGAGUAUUUCCCAUAACUUCAAGGUAUUAACGAGACCACUUAUAGGAACCGAACUGCAUAACUAAUAUUCUUUUAACUACAAAAAAAAUAUGUUUAAGAAAUAAAUAAAUGUUAUUAAAUAUAUUUUUUUAUACAAAGUAAUUCAAAUAAUACCAACUAUCCAUGUAACACACGCCUUUAGGUGACAAAGCGACAACGUAGCAUUUUAAAAUAAAAAUACGUCAUUAUUAAAAGGAUGCGUAUAAGAGACACAUUUUAAGAUUUAUUUACAAAAGAAAUGUUAUUUUCGAAAAAUAUUCAUUUUAGAACAUGUUCCUUGAACAUUUUGAAUUAAUUUUUGUCAAAGAAUAUAUGAAUAUAGAAUCCCUAGAGUUAUGGAAAAUACUUACUCCCGAGCAGCCUGUAUAAUCAUCUAAAUAUACGUUUAUAUUUUCCAGUGCCACAUUUUAAAAUACAGCUGGUUUUUAUAUAUUUUAUUUUCUGUAUUUUAAAUGACUUACAUAAGUUCAUUUUAUUAUAACGAAUAUCUUAAUUAAUUUUAACAUUAUGCACAUUGUAGGUGUUUAUUCCGUGAUUGGUUCUUGUUAAGAAUAUUAUGAUAAAGAACAGAAUUUUUCCAUAACGUUAAUUUAAUGGGUUAUGAAACCAUGUAAAGUACUUAAUAUAUAAUGUAAAAAGAAAUUGUAAAAAAUAUUUUUUAAAGUAUAUUGAUAAAAUUGUGUUACAGGAAUAUAAAUAUCUAAACACACAUCACAAUAGUUAUUUAUGCCAAUGUCAGGUAAUGAGUGUUAGAGUGGCUAUUUGCGUGCAGUGGCAUACUAUAUUUUUGACAGUUGUUGCGUAUAAUCUCAAUUUCGUGUAUGUCAAUUAUCAUAAUUGAAAGUUAGUGAAUUAGCCUGCUGGUUUUGUAUUGAGUAAAUUACGAAAUGAAAGUGGAAAAAAUGUAUUAUGCGACAAUUUAUUUAACUUAUUGGUUUACAUUUCUUCAAAUCACAUGUUUUAAUACAUAUUUAAAACUUUGCUACAUCACAUUUUUAUUUGAAUUAUCUCUUACACCAUGUUUAUCAGCACAAAAAUAAUGAUAAGUAUUUUACGCACAAAGUUUAGUAUUUUAUAUAAUUAAAUUAGUUGUAACUAAAACAUUGUAUCUAUAUAAUGACACAAUAAUGUAAUUAAAUGUAAAUUAUUUUUACCUGGACCUCCACACAAUCAGACACUGCGAUAGUGUAGUGUUUAUGUAUAUUCUUGUAUACCUAGAAGUCAAAACGCGUCCCAUAUUAGAUUUUCACUACAUAUCAGAUUUUAGAAUUUGUGUAAAGGUUAAGAAUUUAAUGUAGUUAUAAGCCAAAGCUCAAUAUUAAUUAUGCAGAAGAAUUAUUUGAAUAUUAGACAUAUUUCCAUAUAAAAACAUUUUAAAGCUAUAACAUUAGUUACCUUAACAUAAUUUCUGGUUGUUUUAUAAAUUCUGUAUUCAUCAUUAGGUACUUACUACGUUUUAACCACAAUAAUAUUUAAUUUUAAACCAUUAUUUUAACAAUAUUAAUUUAAUUAUAAACUGUGGUCGUAAAUCUAUGAAAUGAAAUAGAGGCAGAGCAUUUUGAAAGAAAUAUAAAUGACAAGCGAUGCAUAACUGAUUAUUAAUAAUUAUAAGAAUAAUUAAUUGAUUAUCAAUUGUUAUUAUUAAGAUGGCCAUUUUAAAAUUAUAUGACAGCGCCCCCUAUAAUCAUAAAACAUGUUUAAAAAUUCUAUUAAAUGACUCCUCUAGUUUCGAAGAAUUUUUUUAACUAUCUUAACGGCUCUGUCAACCGUGUAUGUCGUUUUAUAAAUUUAUAAUUAAAGCCAUUAUUUAUAAUUAAAGUAACAUAACAAACGCAAUUUUCGUUGAUUGUUUCAUGUUUAUGCAAUGUACUCAAUGUACUGUAUGCAAAAUUGUAAAGUUACUCAAUUUGAAUCUUAACUUGGGUGAGAAAUUUACAUCGUGUUUCAAUCAGUAUAAAAAGAUAUCUCAUUCUAUCUUUGUGUCUUGCGUAGUAAGUUAGAAUAUAUCUAACAUUCGAGACUAACUUAUAUAAGGGAUGUAACUUUUUCAUCACCUAUCUAUUUGAGUGGAAUUUAUGGGAAUUUAUGGGUCCCUCUAAGGGAAACAAUAUUGCUUUCUUAUUUAUUAUUGCCAAGUCACUGAUGUCGAAAUGAUGUUUUUUGGCACAGAUUCAAUUCGUAAAAGGGAGAUAACACCAAGUUUUGUAAAAUUAUUGUGUGUCAUACAUUACUCGUAUCAAGUGCAAUUCUUAUUAGGUUACUUACACACAGAAGGUAGCUGAAUGUUGUGAUUACAUGUAAACAUUCCGUCCUCUCCUCGAAAUAUUUAUACAUUUGUAAAUCAUUAUAGUCAUUAACAAAAUAUACAAGAAGUAUUUAAUAAAUUCACCUAAGUUUAA